UAAUAUGAUAUGAUCGGUCUUCAUAGGGAAAAUGCUAUAAAAAUGAAUGGUCUAAACUCAAGUUCAACAGGCAAAGGAGAGGAAAUUCUGAGCAGCUUUGAAGCCUUAUUCAUUAAUGAUGAAGAAGGCAGAUCUCAUCAAUGGAGUCUUCCUUGAAAAUAAAAGAAAGAAAAAAUGGGUUGACAAGAAGUCUGGUCAUUCCUCCUUCAUGUUGUAUCCAAGAGCACUUUCAAUUGUUUGGGGCAAUGUAAAUGACUAUUGGACUUGGAAAUGUUUCAAAGAUAUGAGUGAUGAUAAUGUGGAAGUAGUGAAGUUAAUUACCGUAUGUUGGUUAGAUGUGCAAGGGAAGUUUGAGAUAUCAGAGUUGUCCCCAGACGUUGAUUAUGAGAUUGUAUUUAUAGUCAGGUUGGCUAAAGGUUGUUCUGGGUGGGAAUUGCCCAAUACACUCAAACUGUCACUCCCAAAUGGACAAGUGCAUGAACGCAACGUGUGCCUCUAUGAGGAGCCCAAAGGGCAAUGGCUGGAGCUCAACGUCGGCAACUUUCGGACUACCAAAGGUGACGAAGGAGAAGUGUCCUUCAAUUUUACCAAUCUUUAUGGACACUGGAAAUGUGGACUUCUUUUCAAAGGUGCCCUUAUUAGGCCCCAAAAAAUGUCUCCAUGACACCCCCAAUCUUCAAGCCUCCUCAAUCCUAUACUUAAAAGGAGGACUUGUGAAUUUGGCAACGUUCUGUGCCGUUUGUUUCAAUUUCAACUAUUUAUUUUUCUUGUCAAACUUUGUACCAGUAAAAUAAAGGUUUGCAUGCUCUGUUUGUUGUACCAUAGUUUGUUUCAGCAUCAAUACUACUGAACUUUUUAAGCUGCA